AUGACUGAAAGUCCUCAUGUUUCUGCUCUAGAAUUUCAGAGAUUCACCGGAAGAAAUGAAUUCAGAUUCAGAGGGGAGAAAAAAUAUGAUAAUUCAAUCGAAUUUACCCUGCACAUGGCUGACUUGUGUGGUAAGGUCAGAAACAUUCAUUUUACAUUCUAUCUUGAUGCUGAUACUGCGCUUUCAAUAGCUGGCGAGAUGGUUGAACUUGAUUUGGCCAAUGAAGAUGUGGUUUUCAUAGCUGAGUUGAUUGACAGGCUGAUUAUAAAACUUUUACCAAACUGGAAACCUUCAUCUGGAUGGUCUAGCGGAGUAGAGAGUUCAUUUGUGGAUUCUGCUGUGAUUAAAUAUGACCAAAUCUCAGUUAGCUGUGUUAGAGAUUCUACAUUAGUUGGAGUUUCUGACGGAGCAGUUGAGCAGCAUUUUCUCUCUCAGCUGGCUAAAGUAGAGAAUCAUGGAACUGAAGAUUCAGUCCAAAUAUCAGCCAAACCUAUUGAGAAAUCUGCCUCAGAUGCCAAUCAUUACAGGGUUUUGAGAUCUGCUGACUACAUUCAGUGUUUGAAGGAGUGCGAUUCUAAUGGAUAUGAGGGAAGUGUAGGUGAAUCUAGCAAUAUGAGUGCAGACACUAAAAACUCAGGGAUCUCUUUUACUUCCUCAUGCGAUGCCUUAUCAAAUGAUUUCAGUUUGAGCAUCUCUUCUCUACCUCUUACCAACAACAAUGAUACAGCUCAUUGCCAUGAGCUGAAGCUAAAGCUUAAUGCAAUUGAAAUGCAGUAUCACCAAUAUUGUCAUGAACUCUUGAAGAUGAGCGAGGAAGCUGAAGAAAAUGCCAAGAAGAGGUGGAUCGCGAAGAGGAUGUCUGUUGUUUGAUGUUAAUAUACUUUAUCUUCCACGAAAAAAUUACUGUUCUGUCACUUGUUGCUUUUAUACAAGAUCAAUUGGUCUUCUGCAGAUAAAUUGGUAGAGCUUGUUUUUUUCUCUUACAAGUAAGCUGUGGUCCUAAGUUUUAUUUGCUGGGGACAAAAUUUUGUUG